CAGAGGUCAGAUUCUCUCCACCAUGAAACCCGUCGCUUCAGCAGCAUCCCAGGAGCUUCUGCCUCAGAACCAAAGGCUGAGGAAGCCUCUGGUGGAGAAGUUACGCAGAGAGAGAAUCAACAGCAGCAUCGAGCAACUCAAGUCUCUCCUGGGUCCAGAGUUCCUCAAACAGCAGCCAGACUCCAAGCUGGAGAAAGCAGACAUCCUGGAGAUGACCGUCUGUGUCCUGACACGACUGCAGCAGCAGAACCAGAAGCAGCAUCAAGCAGCUGCUGAUCAGGGCUACUCCAUAUGUAUCCAGGAGGUGGUGCACUUCCUGUCCAGAGACCAGGAGAAGACACAGUCCCAGAGAAGACUGCUGAACCACUUCAACAAGCUGCAGCGCCUGAGAGAUGCUGACCUGUGUCCUCUGAGCUCCACGGUCCAGACCAGCACCAGUAAAGACAAGAGUCCAGCCAGCAGCGCCCCCUGGAGGCCGUGGUAGACUCCUGCAUUCUGGAGUCUGAACUAUUAGAACCAUAUUGGUUUGAAGUUUUUAUAGAAUAAUCAUGUAUUUUAUGAUGGACUCUAAUAAAGGAAUAUAUAGUUUAAAGUUAGCACAAAGUUCUGUUGGACUGAUAAUUUAUCUCUUUCUGAAAGAAAAGAAUGCCUCGCUUUAACAGAAGUUGUGUUCUAUGAAUACCGUGUGGUUCUUUAUUUCAUUAGUUUCUCAUUGCAAGAAUGAGAACGUUUAAUUACUUUUUGGGUGAUUUUGAACUGCAUGCUUUAUUUUGCAUUUGCAAUUGUUGAAUGUAGUUGAGACAUAAAAAAAUGUUCGGAUGUUGUGAAAAAAGUAUUGUAUAUGGGUACCUAGUAAAGUUUAUUAAUUUAUCUUUUACAAAGAUGCAAAAUAUUUAAAUUUAAUCUGUUUCAGUAAACUCUGUUUAAAAACAGUGUUUGCCAGGGAUGUGUCAUCACUAAAGCCUCAAUAAAUACUGAAACCAUGUAUGAUGAGUUUAUUCCUUAUGAAAACCAAGUUACAUCAAAUAAAAAGUUACAAAUUUUGA